AUGGAGAGCGAACCCGAUCGUUUUGAUAGUUAUCAGGAAAGUGUUGACCUGGGACCGACUGACGAACCUCACAGUGAAGAUGAUCUCGAAAAUGAGUUCGAUUCUGAGAGUCUGCGAGUUCUUGAGGUAGUGGGCGAAGGAAAUGGAGACGAGUUGCGGCUCCUCCUUGACAAAGGCGUUAAUUUGAGAGCUGUAGACCGCGACGGACAAACAGCCCUUCACCUGGCGGUGAUAAACGAUCGUGUGUCACUGGCAGAGCUUCUGCUCAAGGCUGGUUCUAACACCGAAGCUGCCAGUCACAGCGGCAGCAAGCCAUUAUACAUCGCGGCGGAGCUAGGAAAUAUAACGUUUGUGAAUCUUUUAUUGCGCUUUAAUGCCGAUGUCGAAUCGCACAAUGACGAAACUGGAUAUACGGCAUUUCACCAGGCCCUAUUAAACGGACACGCCGAUGUUGCCGAGGCCCUUCUAGAAAAUGAGGCGGAUAUCGACGCGUUAACUCCAGAUGGGCACACUCCAUUUUUCAGUGCCGUUAUACACGACAACGUGGACAUUACUGAAUUCCUACUGGAGAAUGGCGCCAAUAAAUAUUUACGCGAUGACAAUGGUAAAACGGUGGACAAUUUAGCAACCAGUGAUCUCAUGCGUGAAUUGCUUCGAUCGGAUAGGGUAUUGCAAGGUCCAUCCGUCGAAAGACGCAAGGCUAAACCGGAGAUUCAUUAUACGGUUCCAGUUCUUCCCGCUGACGAAACCGACAAAUUGAAAGCCUGCCAGGGAUUUGAAGGUACCAUCAUUGACUUUUUUGUUGAGGGAACCGAGCAGAGAAUCGAGAAAACAGUGUCGGUUUAUGAUAUACUCUACGGGAAAGGGCCAGCGGCAAUUAUGAAUUUUGCAAAAGGAAAAAAGAUCGACAAACAGCCGAGUUUUCGGUGGUAUCACUUACCCGCAAACAAUAUGGAAUGGGUUGAGAUUCUGGUUAGCCGUCAUUUUGGCGAACGGGACUCUGGCGCGGUAAUACUGAGCGAAGAGUCAAAGUCAAAACUUGCCUUAACUAAUGGUGUUGGUCAACAAUUUCGAGCUUCCGCUUCUCUUUCCUCGUAUAUGAGGCCCUUGUGCCGAACCAUCAAUUCCCCUGGCUUGCACCUAGGAAACGACACAACAGAUCAACUCAUGCUAUUCAUUCCGUUUCUCCACUUUGAAACACAUGCUGGCUAUAAGCGAAUGGUUGAGUUUUUAAAGCAUGAGAAAGAUGAGAAGGAAAAAGCUAUGCGAAGCGAGCAACGCCCGCCCUCAAAAGCACCGCCAUUGCGUCCAGCUAGAAAAAAAACACAAUCAAGAGUGUCACGCCCGCCACCAGUAGUACGAACAGCUGUUAGGAGCUCAUAUCGCGCCAGUACAGAAGAUACCGAGGAGCCAUCUCAAUCUCUGAACAUUUUUCAUGGGGCCAGAGAUUUAAUGUCAGCUAUCCGUACUCUCGGUAGUAAAGUGCGCCAAACGUCAGAUCACGUUGUUAAGACAUUCCGAAAAUCAUCGGGUCAACAGGACGACGUAGAAAAAGGCAAAAGUACACCUAGUGUCCAGGACGACGGUCGAGCCGCCGAAAAUGACGCAGCUGACACAGUGCCCACAAGUACUGGAAAGAAAGAUGUGACUCGAAAUUUCAAUUCCGAUGGGAGUGGUGUGCUGGGCGGAAGUAAACAACCCAGGGGUUCGAUAUCCGCGGUAGAAGAGGAUCAGACAAGCAUUUUACAAAUACCGCCAACCAAUCAAACAAUCGGUGACACGCAAAAUUCACCCCGUGCGGAAGAUCCGACACAACUAAACGUUGAUAUCGCAGAGGGGAAUACUGCAGGCCUUUUGACCACGGAAAAUCCACCAUCUCCAAGCAUCAGUAUAUCAAGAACGCAUACACAAACUCGUGUAGCUAAAACUGUGAAUUCCCCUGUUGGCGAAUCUCCGGAUGUGUCGACUCCUGUUGACCAGUCAGGAGGAGCGCAUGCGACUUUGGAUGGCCCCGCUGGGGAGGAUUCUGCUGCGAAACGUAGUAGCACUCGUCCCGGUACUGAUGGUCAUAAAACAGAAGAAAAUGAUGUCCGACCCAAGACUGGUCCCGAUAUCAAACGUCGCGGAACUUUUCCUAAUAUUCCCGAAAAUGUCGGUCAACAAACGGAUGCAACCACUGAGAAAAAUAGUGCCGGACGCACAAAGCCUAGGAUACCUUUCGACGAACAUCUCGUGAAAGGGUACUUGUCGCCAUUGAACCCCGCAGACUCACCCCUUCAUCUAAGAAGAACUCUCGAUCAAUAUUUUUAUACCCAUCUCACCAAUACUACCGCAAGAGACGAUGGCCAGGUGGUCUAUCGAUACAUACGGGAUAAUUCCGCAGAGCCUAAGAUCUUUAUGGUAGAUCAGUUGUGGCUUUGGAUACUGAACGAUGAUACCAUUAUUAGCUGCUUUCCCCGGCGGUGGGAUGUCUGGUCUGGCCAACCUCCGCCCGCAGCCGAAGCAGAUUUCGAAACAGCCUCCCCACCUAAUCCCAUAAUUAUCGACCUUCCGCAGUUUCCGGAUACAGAAACUAGAACUAAUCGUUCGGAAUUUCAUGGGCGUGGACAUGGACACGACUACGCUAGUCACGGCAAGGUGAGGGAUAAAAGUAUGAGUGAAUCAGGGUUUAUGCUUGGUUGGGUAACAGGGAAAAAACCGAAAUCGGGGUUUAACAGAAGGGACGUUUAUGCUAAAACACAACGAUGGAGGGCGUCCGUAGUUCUCCAGGAACGGCAUUAUCGAUAUACGGAUGAGCGUAGUAGUAGCAGUGGCCAGGCCUCCAUUGAGAAAAGGCGUUUAGCAUUACUCAAACGUGACCCCUUGAACGUUCAUCAAAUGAUACUUAGCCACAUUGGAUUGAAAACGCGGGAUCCUCUCACGUCAGCUCAGGAUCUGGCGCAGCUCAUUGCCAGCUUUUGUAUAGGAUUAUUUGAUCAAUACAGCGUCCCGGAUGAGUAUCAAUUUUUUGACUUCUUCGAACGAUCUCUUGGUGCUGUGAUUGACCAAGAAACGCAAUGUUUUGAGGAAUUCGCAUGUAGACUUGAUCAAUCAAGCAAGGGUGAGGUAGCCAGCUCAGAGGUCUUCAGCAUUAGCGCUGAAACACAGCUGCUAGUCGAGAUCAAAGAUAUUAUCGACGAACUUGGAAUUUUGCACAUGAUUUUGAGUAAUCAAACGAUGCCUUUGGAAGAGUUUUCCAAAUUUCUGGCGGAGCGCAAGAGAAUUAAGAAUGGGAGUGUAAACGACGAAAAUUCCUCACCAGUACGAUUUCCAGUACUUGAGAACCAUAUAUAUCGGGUUGAAAAAAUGCAAAGGCUCGCGAAUCAGACUUACAAAGCCCUCUAUAACCUUCUCGAUCUGAAGCAGAAACAAAACAAUGUCUCUGAAGCAUUGUCCGCCCGUAAACAGGCCGAGAAUGCGUCGAUGCAAGCAGAAGCAACUAAAGAACUUACCGAACGGGGCUUGGAGAAUGCUGACCUCUCCCGCAAGCAGGCAGAUGAAUCCAUACGACAAGGUAGAACGGUGCUAGUUUUCACCGUGGUCACUAUUAUAUUUCUUCCGCUGUCGUUUAUGGCUGCAUUUUUCGCCAUUAAUAUCGAUGCUUUUCCUUGGAAUAACGGAGACAAGCUCCCGAUGGAUUACGUUUUGAGAUACAUGUUUAGCAUCUCCGGGGCAAUAUCCAUUCCUUUUAUUCUGAUCGCAUUAAACCAGGAUCGGAUUGCAAAAUUUUUGAAGAACCAUGGCCGACCAACGGCGGCAGGAGUUUCUAUCGCUGUGCUACUGGUAAUACUGCUUUCAGUCAUUUGGACCAGAAAUCUAGCGUCAGGAAUGAAGGCAGCUGUGACGACAUUUCUUGUUAUAUUGACUAUACUGGGUCUUGCAGUUCGCUGGAUAUACCGAACCUUAUUCUCCAUCACAUCAUUCGUGAGCGAUUCCAAUUCCGAUUAUUCUUAA